ACUUUAAUGCCGUGUUUGUAUGGCGCCUUUGCAGUAACGCUCCCAUCCUGUGUCAUACAAAUCUUAAGCCACAGCAGCAUCUAUCCGGUAUAUGACUGGUUUUGUGGCUUACCCUUUGUGAAGUGAGUUUUGGUUUCUCGUCACAUCUCUGAAGCAUGAUUGAGGGAGGAUAUAAAUUAGCCAUCGCUGAAGAAACUUUGAUUUCAGCGCAAGUUUUGCUGAGCAUUAGUAAUGCUUUGGAUUAGUGAAAUGGGCUGUCAGGGAGACAUUCAUUGAUGCACUUUUUUCUUUUUUCUGCGUCAGGGUGCAAAGUUCAUCUUUGAAAGCUGUCCAAACUGAAAACGGCAGUCACCAAUGAUCAUCAUUCCGGUGAUGCACAGUAAAUGGCUGUUAAAGCGAGACGCGGAGGUCCUCACGGCUGUUCUGGCACUCGGCUCGUCUUUACCUGAAAGCCGCAACAUUCUACAGGACAGCAGCCCUCAGAGACACUGAAUCUGCAGCUGCCGUAAUAACUGGAGAGGAGUUUGGCUUCAGAUGUUCUGCUGAUUUUGUGGUCACAUUUUUAAGCUUAUGGAACAACAUUUGGAACGGAUUGUAUGUCUUUCCAACUGCUUUUUUUACCUCGGACACCAUGGAUGUUCUCUUUGAAUCAGGUUGACUGUCUCUCACCUCAUCCCCUCCUUCCUCUCUCUUCAGCAGAAGGAGGGUGGGGGAUUGGUGUGGCGUCCCCUAACCCUCCUCUGUAGGGUGGGCCCAGCCUACCGAGACACCACAGCAGUUACUCUUUUGCAUUGCCUUGUGCUCCCCACCAACAGCUCCAUCCCUCUUCAUGAAAUCCUGCCAGAGCCUCAAGGAAGAGGUUUCCGUCCCCAGCCUUGGCGGGAUGUCACAGGAGGAGGGACGGAGGGCGCCGGUGUCCCAGUCCUAUUUUCACUCUGCGAACCCUGACCUGGAUCUGACGGGAAAGCUUUACAAAAGGGAGGUUGGUGGCAAGCCUUAUUCUGUGCUAGUGGACAAUAAAAUGGCAUCCAAGACAUCCAUCGGUGACCAGAGCAUCGGUCAGUUGCCCACCCAACAUGUGACUCCGCAGCAGUAUUUCAGAGAGGGAGCAGCUGCCCAAGAGGUGGGGACGCAGGGGUCCCAGGCUGGCAACGAGGGGUCCUCCGAAGACACUGAGGAUGAUGACGAAGAUGACGAAGAAGAGGGAGAGGAUGGCGACGAGGGCUUCAAGCGAGAGCAAAUCAUUGUAGAGGUUAACCUGAACAACCAGACCCUUCAUGUGUCCAAGGGGGACAACAAAACUGGAACCACGGCAGAUGACUCGGAGAGAGCCGGAAGCGACGAAGAAGACGAGGAGGAGGAGGACGAGGAAGAGGAGGAGGAUGACGAGGAAAGCCCCGACGAGGAAGAGGAAGAAGACGACGAGGACGAUGAGAUCGAAAGUCAAAGAACGAGAUCCAAGAGGACCCGUCGAGGUGCUAGCAGCGCAGCAGCUCCCAGCCAGCCGCGGAGGAAAAGCCUCAGAACGGCUCUGAGCGCCGCCACCGCCGGGAUGACCACCAGGGGGCGCCGGAAGCGAAUGGAGCCCCCGAAGAGCAAGCGCAGGUCAGCGAGGUCAGCGCCCUCCUCUGCCGGCGGCACGAUGGCGGGAGGGAAAGCGGAGGUGGAGGAGAAGGAGAUGCUGGCGUGUGAAAAGUGUCCUCGGGUGUUCAACACUCGCUGGUACCUGGAGAAGCACAUGAACGUCACACACAGACGAAUGCAAAUCUGUGACAAGUGUGGCAAAAAGUUCGUCUUGGAGAGUGAGCUCGCCUUGCACCAGCAGACAGACUGUGAGAAGAACAUCCAGUGUGUCUCCUGCAAUAAGUCUUUCAAGAAGCUGUGGUCGUUGCACGAGCACAUUAAGAUCGUACACGGCUAUGCAGAAAAGAAGUUCUCGUGUGAAAUCUGUGAGAAGAAAUUCUACACUAUGGCUCAUGUCCGUAAGCACAUGGUUGCUCACACUAAGGACAUGCCAUUCACCUGUGAGACAUGUGGGAAGUCGUUUAAACGCAGCAUGUCUUUAAAAGUUCACUCACUGCAGCAUUCAGGAGAGAAGCCCUUCCGUUGUGAGAACUGUGACGAGCGGUUCCAGUACAAGUACCAGCUGCGCUCCCACAUGAGCAUUCACAUCGGACACAAGCAGUUCAUGUGCCAGUGGUGUGGCAAAGACUUCAACAUGAAACAGUAUUUUGAUGAGCACAUGAAGACACACACAGGUGAAAAGCCUUUCAUCUGUGAGAUCUGUGGGAAGAGCUUCACCAGCCGACCCAACAUGAAGCGCCACCGUCGCACCCACACAGGCGAGAAGCCGUAUCCAUGUGAGGUUUGCGGCCAGCGCUUCCGCUUCUCCAACAUGCUAAAAGCGCACAAAGAGAAGUGUUUCCGGGUCACCAGCCCCGUCGUUCUGCAGACUAGCGGCCCUCCUGUGCCUGUCCGCAUCUUUGCCAACACCUUCUCCUCGUCCUCUUCUUCCUCCACCUCCGGCCCCGGGCCAUCUGCUGCCACACCGGCCACAACCUCAGCCUCCCUGGGCCUCAACCCGACAGGAGGGUCCCUCCCUCCACAAGGCCCUGUGGGACACACGUUCUCCCAUGUGCAGCUCCACUCAACGCCCUCCCACCAUCAUACUCACCCCUCGGCGACCCAGCAGCACCUCUCUAACACGCCCCAACACGCCCCGCCUCACCCCCACCACCACCUGGCUGUGCCCCCCGUCUCCCACCUCCCUCCUCCGCCGGCUCUUUUUAAAAGCGAGCCCCUAAACCACUGUGGGCACGAAGACAGCAGCUACCUGCACCACAUGGCGCCGCCCGACAAAGGCCCUGGAGCCCAGCAGCACCACUGAACUGUGCUCCAGGUCUAUAGGCCAGCACCAAACCUCGCCUUGUUCCUCGUCUUCUCAUAGUCCUGCCUCAGUUUCUUAGUUGUAAGGCACCUGAAGCCAUGUCUGCAGAGAGGACGUAGAGUUAGUGGAGGAGCUGCAGCAGUGUGGGUCUACACAGGAGGCUUUCAGGCGCUGUAGUGAGAUUUUAGAAGUGCUCAGAGCCCAGUACAAUGUAGUUUUGUGCGUAAAACGCAGAAAAAUAGACUCAAAGCAUGAAUAGCCUGUGUAGACAGCCGGAAUGAGGAAAAAUAUGUUCCGUCAGACAAGUGCGAGACGGAUGACUGAAAAACGCAGCUUCUGUGUAGACAUGCCAUAACACAAGGAUGCACCUGUCAAAAGGAUCUCAAUAAUUCAAGCUAAACAUACACACUUGUGUGUAUAUGUGAAAGAUUCAGACUACGGCGCCCUGAGUGCACACAUCAUUGACCCCUACUUAAAACCCCAGAUCAACUGACAAAGAUUUUACAACCUCUACGAUUUUUUUUUUUCUUGAACAUUUCCUUCGUCACAAAGUGAUUUUUGUGUGAGUUCUCUAUCUGUACAUUGAUGGGUGUAAACUAUCUCCUUUUCAUCAAAAAGCUGCUGAUGGAAGUCGACAUAUGUAUUACCUGGGCUUCAUGGAUCAUCGAAAAUCGGUGUCAUCGAACUUUUCCUCUUCAUGUUAAGUUGAUUUCAAGGUCACGCGUUGGUUAAGGACUCAAGCUUUCUGUGCAGGUCCUCCCCAGAGCAAUACUCCACCUGUCCUCCCAGUUAUACUGCAGAGCCUUGGGGCCCCACAGAAAUGUUUAAUGAAUGUUGAAACUGGUUCUACCUGAGCCUUUCUCUGUCCUAAGGCCACGACUGUGGCUUUUUGUCAGAGGGGCAGCAACAGUAAAGCAAGAUGCAGUGCCAUAGGUUACAGUAAGAAGGGGGGGAGGAGGAGGAAUUUUUGUAAAGGACAUUGGAAAAAUAAGAUUUUGUAAAUGGUUACUUGAAUCUAGACGUAGUCUGAGAUUCAUAUCAUGGUAAAAUGGUGCUUUCCAUUCCAGUACAUGAAAUAUUUCUUAAUUUUGCUUUUACAUUUGAUUUUCACAAGUAUGAAAUAACAAAGUAUUGUGUCAUACUGAACAUGUCUUGCCAGCCUGGCUUUUCUACAGUGGAUUUGAGGUUUGUGAUCAAGAUAACUCGGAGUACUGCAGGACAUGCCCUCGGCGAACGCACCCUCACACUUACUCAAGCACACACACAUAUACACACACACACACACAAAAAGACAAAGACCACACGGUCACUGAUUGACUCGCUUUGAUCAGUGCCACCUCAGCUUUUCAGUACUGUCGGUCAACAGAUGCUUUUAGAUAACGGACGACUGUCAAAUACUGCCACUGUGAGGGGCCAGACGCACGGCCCCAUCAGGAUUUACCCCCACCUCCCUUCGCUGCUGUCGAAAUGAUACGGGUUACCAUGUUAAAGGUCAUCUGACACACACAGUACACACAACUGGGACCUUUUUCAUCAAAGUUCUUAACAGGAAAAUAUGCAUAUUCCUCUCUCAGCCUAUAUUCCACGGUUUGGUGUGGGGUGUUGUUAUGUAAAGGUUUGUUUUCAUGGUAGAUCCACACAGGCAAACGCGUGUCUAAACCUGUUGAAUGUUGCCUACGCAGAAUGAUGGCUGAUGAGUCAUUCAUAUGUUUUUGUUUUUGUUUUUUUGUUCUUUUUUUUUACUGAUAAUUUGCUCAGUUUUAAGCUAAUGAAUGGUUCCGUCAUGUAGAUAAUAAACUGUUGUUAGCACAUGAUAGGAAAUGUCAGGAUAAGAGGCGGUGGUCAUACAACUUCUAAUACUUCUUGUAUAGAUAGGCUUAUGUGUGAUCAAAUCAGCGCGAGAAAUUACAUUGAUUAAUGUAAUAGCCAAUAGUGUGAAUGUUUAAGUGUUGAAAAGAGACGGUUGGCUUGUAUUUGGCACGACUUUGGGUUGCCUCUUCACCCAGUUUGAUGGCGUGUUUAGAGGAAGUGCGAGUGCGAAUGUGUGCAUGCAUUAGUCUCUACCAGUCUGGUUGUCCCCAGUGCUCUUGUACCAAAAGCUGCUUUUUACACAGUGUGCCCCAAUAUAUGUGUAUUUUGGGGGAUACCUGAGAUGGACGAAUAGCAGUAAAUUUUAACACAACCCUCGGUAUUCAGUCUGAAGUGGUUAAGCUCGGUAGUUUAGUCCCUUCUUUUUUUUGGAUUUGAGACCUGCGAUUAUCCUGCCAUUUCUGUGGGUCUUAACACUGCUGCAAUGUUUGCUUAUCACCCUGUCUCCCCCUCGGGUUCACUGCUGUGAUUCAGCAUUUUUUUGCAGUAUAGAUCUUUGUCUUUGUUUUUGUUUUUUUUAAACCCUUUUUCAUUUGUGUGUAUUCUCUGCACUUUACUGCUGCGUGAGUGAGGCGCAGGGAAGGGUAGGGGGUGGGACUGACGAUGCAUUGUGGAACAGAAGUGCAGUUGUGGCUGCAUGGGAAAGGGUGGAGGUGGUGACGUUGAGUGGAUGUUUUUAGGCAAGGAAAGGAGGAGAAUCCCGGGUGGAGGUGGGUAGUGUGGAAGGGGCCAUCGCAAACAAAGGACGUUUCUCUCUCUUUUUUUUUUUCUUAGUGUGUGCUUAAACCGAAAUUUCCUAUUUUUUGAUUUAAAAAAAAAAAUAGAAAUACACUUUUGCUCCAAUAUGGACCUCGCUUCAAAACGAAAGUUCCUCCUGCUUUGGCGACUUUACACUAGCCCCUCCACACGAUGUCUGAAAUACAUUCUUCAUUUUACAUGUUUUUUUUUUCUCUCCGUCAUGUCUUUUUUCAGUUUGCAGAAUGAUUCUCCUCCUCCUUUCUUUGUUAUAUAGAAUGCACUUUCUACUAAAUUUCUUGGGUAGUUAAGAAAAAAAUAACAUUGUAUAUUCUUUAAAGAUGUUUUAAAAAAAAUCAAUAUACUUUUCCCCUUUGUAUUUUUAACCACUUAAUGUAGCAUUGCGUAUUUUAUUAUUGUAUCUGGUACAAAAUGUGCAGCUUUAUAAUGUCCUGGUUUGUCUUUUUUUUUUUUUUUUUUUGUAUGUUUUCUGGAGAUUGAGGAGAAGUGAAAAAGUUGGGCCUUUUUUGAUAAUGUACAUUUAACUGACUGCUAACUUUGAGAAGUAAAAACAAGUAGCCAUGAU